GACCCCUGCCCAGGCCGCGGCUCCGGCCCCUGUGGACGGGGGCCGUGACUCCGGGCCGCGAUGCUGUCCUACGCUGCGAGGGCCACGUGCCCGACGUCUCCUUCCUGCUGCUACGGUCCGGCGAAGAGGAGCCCUCAGCGGUGGCCUGGACCACCCACCCCUCCGCGGACCUCGUGCUGACCUACGUGGGGCCCCAACACGCCGGCAACUACAGCUGCGCCUACCGCUCCAACUGGGCCCACUCCCUGCUGUCCCAGCUCAGCGACCCGGUGGAGCUCCAGGUGGCAGGUGGAGCUUGGUUCCGUGGGCGCGUCGAGGCUCCCGGCCUUUGCCCGGAUUGUACCCUCCUACAGGAGUGCCCUUUCCCGCACCUCCUCCCAGCACUAACACUGGCCUAG